CUUCCUCAGAACACGUCGUCUCAGUAACAAAACAUAACCAUCACCAUAGUUCUUUGGACUUACCGUUCCAUUAUCAACAAUAGUUUUGGGUCAUCAUGUCGUUCGGAUUUUCUGUUGGAGACUUUCUAGCCGGUGCAUCGUUAGCAUACAAACUCUUUCAAUCUUUGUCAUCAGCAACAGGCUCAGAAAAAGAGUACAAAGACCUCAUUGCAGAGCUCCAUGUGGUUCAUAGGGUCCUUUUGCAAGUUGAAGACCUGAGAGUCUCAAAUGAGCUAGCUCAGGCAACCCUGAAUUCACUCCUAUUCAUCACCAAUUCUGCAACCGAGGCAAUGGAAGCUUUCAUUCAUAAUAUUGAACCAUACAGGGCCUCGCUAAACGGUAGUGGCUCGGGUAAUGUUGCUAGAGACACUUGGAGGAAAAGCAAGUGGGCAUUCCGGAUGCCUGACCACAUAGCAAAGCUGAGAAAGUCACUUGCCACAAUGCUUUGUGCAGUCAAUAUACUGCUUCAAUUGGCCUGUUAUUACAACACGGCGUACAGGCCUAAAUAUCGUGCUUCUUUCUCAUUAGGUUAUUCCAAACAAGCGGUUGUACCUGGAAAAAGGGCCAUGGUUUACUCUACAUUUUCCGAUGUAAAACUCGAAGCCUGUAUACGUGGUGGCAUUGACCUGGGAUCAAGAGACAUUGGUGUAUAUUACCGGAAACAAAACCAACCACAUUUGUUUUUUCGACCAGGUCAAGUUUUCACCCUUCAAAUCAGCUCCGAAUUUUUCCUUAAUCACAGCGAGAGUGUUGAUCAUAGCAACCUGCCUCUUGAGCCAAUUCAAAUCCUUCAGGAAAGAGCUGAAGCAGCCUACCAAGCGAACAGGAGAACUAGGCUCAACCAAAUUCACCAACUCCCUCUUUCAUAUCUGUGCCUAUACAGCGAGGAAGAUAGAUAUAGAAGAGGCUAUGUCAGGUGUCGCUUGUGCAAUGAUAGCUUGCAGAAACAAGGUGAAACACUCAUGACUAAAGAUGAAUGGGUAACACUUCAUUUCCGUGUUGAGCAUUGGAAUAUUUAUCUCAAAAUCUGCAGUACAGCGAGAAGUCAUCCAGACAGGACAUUCUCUCCAGAGUCAUGGAUCACUCUAGACGAUGUCGUUUCGGAUGACCCUAUACCUACAGAUGGCAAGAUAAAGAAUACCAUUAAUCAGUCAACCCAGGAUAGCUGCAGUGGCGCCCCUGGUCCGAUUUUGAUACGGCGAUUUGUGGUUGUACGUGAAGGUCCUGAAUCAAGUUUAUGUCUGGGAAUACAUACGUACGCAGGCCGAGGGUGUGUGGAUCAAUCAGAUCAACAUCUAUUUGGCAUCAUACAUUCAAGCAAGGAAAGUCCUCCACCAGAACAAGGGGAGACAGGCCUUUCGCUCAAACCACUACGCAUGAAGGUCGAACACCCCUCAAUUGUCUUCCCUCAUACAGCACGAAUUCAUUUUGGUCGUGCUUAUGAAAUUGACCACGAUGUUCCUGUUCGACCUAUUGGUUUAGUUCACACUGGCUCUAUGGGGACUCUUCAAUCGCAAUUUCAAUCUAAUGUUUCCAGGGAGGGUGUACGGACUGGCGAGGAAGAGACGUAUGAAUCCAAAUUGGACAGAAUUCUUGAGAUCUCACAACAAAGAGAGGUUUCAGAGAAUGACGCAACAGUCCUCCCAGCAGAUAUGGAGACGGUCAAGAGCAUACGACAAAGGAUUAAAGAUAAUAUCGGCCCAGCUAUAUCGCCUACUGCUCAUCCACCUGUUGCAUAUGAACCGAGACUCGAGCAUAAUUGGAGGAAGAUCAGUCUGCUGGAAGGUCAUCCGACCGCACGAAAAACAUCAGACUGAGAAACACUUUUUCCACUCUACGAACUUCGCAGGCAUAUUUGAAAGUUUAGUAGCAGUUGGAAAUCUGCCCAACACAAAUAGAUCGACCA